UAUCCGUGCGACCUCGGCGAGCUCCAGGUGUUGAUCCCAUCGUUUCCCGGUUACUCCUUCAGGGACGGUCCCAUCGUUGCCGGUCUGGGAGCUGCGGCUGCGGCAGGAGGGACCCUGCGGGGGACGCAGGCCAUGGAGCGGCUGGAGGAGGAGCUGAGCUGUGCCGUUUGCUGCGGCAUUUACCAGGAUCCCCGGGUGCUUCCCUGCUCCCACACCUUCUGCAGGGAAUGCCUGGAGGGGGUUCUCCAGCGCUCCGACACCUUCUCCAUCCGGAGGCGCCUCAAGUGCCCCAACUGCCGGGCCCUGGUGGACGUUCCCGCCGCCGGGCUGGAGUCCCUGCCCAUCAACUUCGCCCUCAAGGCCGUCAUUGAGAAGUGCCGGCAGGAAGAGCCCUGGGAUGUGGAGACGUGCCGGGAGCACCCCCGGCAGCCCCUCAACAUUUACUGCCUGCUGGACAGGCAGCUGGUGUGCGGGCAGUGCCUCACCAUAGGGCAGCACCGCGGGCACCCCAUCGGGGACCUGCACAGCGCCCACAGGAAGGCCAAGGAGGCCGCUGGAAAACUGCAGGAGCAGCUGCCGGAGAAAUACUGGCGGGAGGUGCUGCUGUGCUACAUGAAGCUGACGGCGCAGAAAUCCCAGUGGGAGAAGCUCCUGCGCAGCGAGAAGGACGUCGUGGGGCAGUACUUCAAAAAGCUCGGGGACACCUUGGAGCACAAGAAGCAAGCUCUGCUGGGCGCUCUGGAUGAGCUCAACAGGCGCUUCCUGCGGGAAUACGAGCCCCUGCUGGAGAGUGUGAGCAAACUGAAGGUGGAGGAGAUUGAGCUCAAGUACCUGAAUUCCUCUAUUCGGAAAGAGAAGUCCCCCCUGCUGUGCCUGGAGAAGCUGGAGGAGCUGCAGCAGCGGGUCAAGGCCCUGAGGGAGAAGGAACUGCCGGAUGUGAAACCUCUGGAGAUUUGUCCAAGGAUGGAGGACCUGCUGAAGGAUGUGUGGGCUAAAACUGAAGUGGGUCAGAUCCACAAGAUCCUCCCUCCAAAACUGAUGCUGAUUCCCAGGAGGAAACAGUGCAGCAAAUGCCCUGGGAAGGAAACUGUGGAAGGCAGCAAGUGGGUGUGUGCCCUGAGCCUGCCCCCCGUGAGCCUGCCCCCCGUGCUGCUGCUGCUGCUGCUGGGCCUGGCGGGCACCGUGCUCGCCCUGCACAGGGCACUGCCCCCCGGGGCCAUCCAGGCUGCUCCCGCAUGGAUCUCAGAAUUCCUGCUCCAGCUCUAUCAGCAUUCCUGCUCCCACCUGCAGAAGGCUGUGGAUGGGCUGUGCCACCCAUUCACCUCCCUGAUGGGGUUCUGCAGGAGAAUUGUCCCCUUUGACUGCUUCCGUGAGUAGGUGAUGGCCCAGUGCAGGAAUCCACACUGAAAAGCUGGAUUAUUAAAGCAAUACACUUUCCCCUUCUAUUCCCAUAUCCUUCCUUUCCUCUAGUGCCUGGAUUUCCUCUGAGCUAAGUCUUAGUGAAGUAAACAUUUGCACCAAAAAGGGCUCUCUGUCCCACCGAGGUGUUUGUUCCAGCCGGGAUCCAGGCAGGACCAGCAGCUGGAACCAGCUCACACCUGGGAAUCUGAGUCUCAGCUCUGAAAACUCCUUCAACAUGGACUCUUUAUUUUUAGUAAUGUCUUCUGAAAUUGUUUUUUAAUACAAACAUGACAGGUUAUCAGGACCCCUCAGCUGCAAAGGGCCGGCACUGCCUCCCAUGUGCAAGAAACUCCCUUUCUGUGCUUCCUGGCCUGUGACCGUGUUGGAACAGAGACAUUUGUGCUCUUUGAGGUCUGUGCUCGUGGCCCUGGCACUCAGUUUUUGGUUCUGGGUAGAGUGAAGGACACUAUUUCACCCUUUUUGUCAUUUUUUUUAUCCUGUGUGUAA